AUGAUAAGGCAAGAUACAGAAAUCACUCAUGUACAUGACCUAUCAUUUGUAAAAUAUUUUGAAAAUCGGAAAAGUACCAAUGAUAAUCAUACGACAACAAAAUUACCACUACAACCUUUCUUUGAUAAAUCUAAAACAAUUUAUUAUAAUGGUGAAUAUUUACCUGUUGAUUAUAUUCUUGUAUAUUCAAAACAUUAUGGUCGUCGACAUCGUCAAAAAUCAAAUACUUGUGAAUAUCGAGAAUAUUUUCAAAAAAAUCUAAAACAAUUGGGUUUCAUUGUUGUUGAAGAAUUAUUAACACAUGAAGAUAAUGAACUACUCAAUUGUCGCCAAACAGAGGUAGCAGUAAGUCAAACUGGUGUACUUGUUCAUAGUUUAUCGACGUUUCAACGAGGAAUGUCUUUUAAAUUACAAACACUCAGUUCACAUUUUGGAAAUAAUAAGACUAAAAAUAAAGAAACAGAUAUAAACGAAGACUUUAGUGGUAUUGACAAUGAUGAAGAAAAUAUUAAAUUAGAAAAUAAUUCAGAUGAAGAAACUAAUCAACAGGUAAACAAUAAUCAAGUAUUACGACGUUCACAACAAUCGAAAAUACAAAGGGAAUCAUGGAAAUCAAAAGAUGAACGUUAUUUUGUUAAAAUUCAUGCACCUUUUGAAAUAUUACUUGUAUUAGCCGAAAAGACGCGUGUGAAAUUACCGUUCUCUAUUAAUAAAAGUCCAUUAAAACAAGGUCUAUUUGAGAAAGGUUUACCAUGUGCCGCAUCAAAUUUAGAUCGAAAAGAAUUUCCAGAAGAACCAUCUUAUUUCACAGCUGUAUAUCAGAAAAAUUUACAUUAUAGAUUUUCUGAAUAUUUUGGUGACGUUAAUACCGUAUUUCGUCCAGCUGAACGAUCCAGACUUGUUUAUGAAUUAUUACGACGUUGUCCAUACAGAUUACCUGAUAUGGUGGGAACAGGUAUGGAAGAGCCAACUAUUCCAGCAUUAUCUGAUAAUUUUAGACAAUUAAUUGGAAACCAUUCAAAACAAAAUUAUCCUUAUUCACAGAUGUACGAAGAUUAUAGGGAUAAAGAACCAAAUACUGCUACUCAAAUGCAAACGUUAAAAAUAGAGGAAGUAUUUACAUCUAGUACCAGACGAUCAGGAAUAAAAGGAAAUGGCAUUGAAAUUCUGUUACAAGAAGGUGUUUAUGAAGCAGCUUAUCCAUUACACGAUAAAUUGUAUUAUCGAUGGGCUAGAUUUCGUAAUUUAUUUCGUGUACAACCAAUACAAUUAAUUCGUGAUUAUUUUGGAGAAAAAAUUGCAUUUUAUUUUUGUUGGUUAGGCUGGUAUAAUACAAUGCUAAUCCUUCCAAGUAUAUUAGGAAUAUUUGUUCUUCUAUAUGGUAUCAUAGUUGUUCGUUAUGAUCAACCAACUAUAGAUAUUUGUAAUUCUAAUUCCACAAAGUAUCUAAUGUGUCCACGAGUUGAUCGAAAAAUGUACUGGUUAUUAAAUGAAACAUGUUUUACCGCUAAAAUAUCAUACAUAUUUGAUAAUCCAUGUUCAAUUGGCUUUGCUUUGUUCGUUAGUGUAUGGGCUCUACUACUUCCAUUCUUAUGGCACCGAAAUGAAUACAAAUAUCAAUUUGUUUGGGAUAUGACAGAUGUUCCAGAUGAGUCAGAAAUCUUAAGACCAGAUUUUGAACGUCGUGUAACAAAAACAAUUCUUAAUCCAAUCACAGAAAAACAUGAGCCUUACGUUCCACGAUACAAACGUUUAUUAUAUUAUUUGUCAUCAUUUUCUGUUGUAUUAUUUAUGGUAGUUCUUGUUUUUGCUGUAGUAUUUGGAGUAAUUAUUUAUCGACUUAGUGUUACAGCAGCACUUGCGAGUAUCGAUAGUGGCGUAUGGAUAUAUAAAUGGAAAUCACCCAUUGUACUUGCAACAGCAGCUGCAAUUAAUUUAAUCAUUAUUAUAUGUCUACAGUAUUUUUAUGAGAUUUUAGCUAUUUGGUUAACAAAUUUUGAAUUACAUCGAACAGAUAAAACAUAUGAAGACUCAUUAACAAUUAAAAUGUUUUUAUUUCAAUUUGUCAAUUAUUAUGCUUCUAUAUUUUAUAUUGCAUUAAUUAAACCAUUAAUCGUUCGUACACCAUUACAUUUAAAUUUAUCAUCGCAAGCAUUACGAUUUGAAGAAUGUGAUGUUUCCGGAUGUAUAUGGGAAUUAUCAUUUCAACUAAUUAUAAUUAUGGUAGGAAAACAAUUGCUCUCAAAUAUUUGGGAAAUGUGUAUUGCCAAAUUUUGGAAUUUAUGUCGAAAAAAAAUUCUAUUUCGCGAUACAGUGAAAGAGAUUGAGAAAAGAGAGAAAAGAUUAAAAUUAACUGAACAUGAUUGUACUAUGAAAAAUUCACAUGAUACACAACAGAUUAGUUUAAAACGUAUGUAUGAAGAAGAUUUUCUCUUACAAGGAUGGGAUCUCGCAACACUCUUCUACGAGUAUCUUGAACUGGUACUACAAUUUGGUUUUGUGACUAUGUUCAUUGUGUCCUUUCCACUGGCACCUCUGUUUGCAUUAAUCAAUAAUUUAUUCGAAAUUCGUGUCGAUGCAUUGAAAGUAAUUAAAGAAUUGAGAAGACCCGUGGCAAGCCGAUCGAUGUCUAUUGGUACAUGGAAUAAUAUUAUAAGUGUGAUGGCUAAGAUUGCCGUAUUAAGUAACGCUAUAAUUAUUGCACUAACAUCUGAAUUUAUUCCUCGACAAGUGUACUAUUAUAAAUAUGGCCAUCGUUCCUUACAUGGUUAUAUAGAUAAAUCAUUAUCAACAUUUUUAACGAGUGAUUUUCCCAAUAACACAAAUCGAACACAAUUAGAAUGUGAUUUUCUUGAAGGAAGAUUAACUAAUUAUUCAAAACAAGGAUAUUUUACAUUUUCAUCAACAAAUCUAUCAAAAUUUGAUUGUUAUUCUGUAGCAGCACAAGAAUUACGAAAUAAAGUCAAUUUUACAACUUGCAGAUACAAGGAUUAUCGUUUACCGUACGAUGAUUCGCAUCCAUAUCAACGGAGUGCUGAUUUUUAUUAUAUAUUUGUAGCAAGAUUAGCCUUUAUUCUUCUAUUUGAACAUUUUGUUUAUAUUGCGCUUUUUCUAUUUCGAAAUGUGAUACCCCGAGUUCCACGUGAUGUACACAUGCAGUUAGAUCGAUGUCGAUAUUUGGUUCAACAGAUGCAUUGGGGUGCAGCAUUAUAUCAAGAAAAGCCUGAACUUAUUUUAAAAGAUGAAAGACGCGUUGAACAAGAUCAAAGUGACGAGAAAAAAAGUCACAUAGGUACAUUGCCUCUAGGAAAUGAUUCACUAAUAAUUGAUACUGAAUCGAAUGACAAACAGCUAGGUAUUUUCUCAUUGAAUGAAUUACGAUCAUUAAUUCCAAAUUCUAGUAGUCAACCAAUGUCUGAGUAUGAAGUGGUUACAAGAGCGGCCGAUUAUAUUCAUUCAUUAACACAAAAUAUGCAAGGUGGACAAUCGUCAGGAUGGUAA